CACCCCCUCCCCCCGCUACGAACACUCAGUGAGGGUUGACACAGCAUGGUUGAUAAGUCAACAGAAUGCAGAAGCCACAGCCGGAUUAAGAAGGCUGUUUUAUUUUGGUGCCCAGGACUUCAAGCAGAUUAAAUAAUCAAAAGGGCCGGGCCACUGGGGUCAUGUUUGAAUGCUACAGCUGCUCACUAAGGUCUGACCAACAUUCUUUACGGGGCUUGCUAUCUGAAUGGGAGAGGCAGAGGAGAUCCCAGGGAGGCUGACAGUGUGGGAAAAAAAGACGGGACAGAAUCGAAAGACCCUCCUAUGGAAAAGGACCCCAGCAGACGGGGACACGACGGGCUGCUUUAAUAAUUGACCUCCCGAAGGCAGAAACUGUUUUCUGCAGCAGAGAAAGAGCCCAUGCUGGAUUCUGGAAAACCGAAUGGAAAGCUGGCCCCGAGUUUGCCGUGGGGCCCGGGUGUGUUGAUCCGUAAGCACACAAGGCAGAGGUACGUGUUGGAGUGGGGCUCGCACUGCAGAGACUGAGCCAUGAAAGGUGCUCUGCUGCUGUUUUCCAGUGUGAGUAUCCUGCUCCCAGGUGUGGGCAGCUGCCCCAAGAAAUGUUUGUGUCACCCAUCUUCAAACUCCGUGGACUGUGGUGGCCAGGGGCUGUCCACGGUUCCUCCUGAUCUACCCCCGUGGACACUAACCCUACUCUUACAAGACAACCAGAUCCACUGGCUUCCUGCUCUUGCAUUUAGGGCUGUGCCACGGCUCAACACCUUAAAUUUGUCGAACAACUCUCUUUCGAAUCUGGCUUCAGAGGCUUUCUAUGGACUUCGGCACUUGGAGGUUUUAAACCUAACCCAAAACUCCUUGCUUUCCCUGGAAAGCAGCCUUGCCCAUGCCCUGCCUGGGCUCAGGGAGCUGGAUCUGUCAUCCAACAGCCUCAGUCUCCUGCCCACAUCCCUGGGCAAGCCUUGGGAGAACCUGACGGUGUUUUCCAUGCAGCGGAAUCGUCUCCUACAUCUGGAUCGUGCGCUUCUAGAGGCCAUGCCCAAGGUGAGGCUGGUGCUUCUUCAGGACAACCCCUGGAAAUGUGACUGCCACUUGCUGGGUCUGAAGCUCUGGCUGGAGAGAUUCACCUUUGAAGGGGGUGUGACAGACGGUGCCAUCUGCAGGCUGCCUGAACCCUGGAAGGGAAAGGAUCUCCUCUCCAUUCCCCAUGAGCUGUACCAGCCCUGUCCUCCACCUUCUCCGGACCUGGCACCCCUGCUAGUCCAACAGCCUGGUUCCACCGCUGGAGAGGUCCACAGGCCCUCCGAGAGUGACUCGGGAUGGCAGGAUCCCCCGGAGUGUGAGGCCAAACCCAAGCCAAAGCCAGUCAACCUGCGCAAUGCUGUGGCUACCGUGGUCGUCACCGGGGUGGUGUGUGGGAUUGUGUGCCUCAUGAUGCUGGCAGCUGCUGUCUACGGUUGCACCUACGCAGCUAUCACAGCCGGGUGCCACGGGAGACCCUUGGCACCAGCCGGUGAUUCUGAGAAGAUGGGAAGCAAGGAGCCAACACACACAGUUCCGCAGCCUGAGGACCUCCGUGCCAAAGUCCUUGAUCGCCGAGGGCUGCAGGAAAUGUCUGAGUGGGCCUGAUAUGUUUCACCGCUCUUGUACCAUGUUAUGUCUCCCAAAACAACUAAGGAAAAAGCAUGUGUCUGUUAAAAAAAAAAGGUACCCAAAUUUAUGGGAAGAGAUUUA